AUGACUGCAAACAUCAAGGGGAUGAACGGCAAAACUCCCUUGAACCCAAUGGUCCUGGCAGCCAUUAAAGGUAAUGUAUUUCUCUACUUUUAAUACCAGACAGACUGGCCUACCACAAUUAUAAUUGUUGCAUUUAAUUGUAAUUACUUGUGAGUAGUGUCUAUAAUUUAAAAAAAAUAAUAACAAAUUUGGCUUCAACAGAACUGUAAUAAUUCCCUUGCAGUAAUGCAUGUUGCCUAUAAAAAUAAAGACUAUAGAUUACAGCAAAGACAAUGUUAAUUUUCUGACCUGGGAAUUUGCUCUAUAACCAUGCAAAUUAUAUACCUUAUAAAUAUAUACCUAGCUAUAGGCAUAUUAUUUAUGAUAAUUCUAAUAAAAUAUUUUUAAUCUGUAGGAAACUAAAAAGACAAUUCAAGUGGAGUGACGAGGAGUUGGAGAAGAACUGGGGAGGAAAGACUGGUGUCCAGCAAAAAAUUGCUGAUAAGUGCAGAAACUUAAAUAAAGCUAGCAACAAGAAAAACUGAUGAAAUUAACAUUAUUUUUCAUAUAUUUCUACCAUUUAUACAUGUAUAAUCAACUGUUUUUUUUUUCAAAAGAUUUAAUCACAUAUUUGAAUGUUCUGCAAUGACUGAAUAUUGUAUAUGUAGACUUAUUAAAGUUGCAUUAUAUUCAUUUUAUUUUACUUACAUGUAGAUUGACUCUAUUUUCCUAAUAAAUUUGCAGAUUAAGUUAAAAAUAUGGUGCAGGAGUUAUAUGUCUUCAAAUCCCUCUACGAUAAAUAUCAAUUUCCUGUGUAUGACAGGGUGGGAUAGCAGGAUCCCAUCAAUUUAACAACCUGCAUUCGAUGCUGCCAGGAAAGGUAGGAUAUCCCACCUGAUAUCACAGGUGGGAUAUCUUUGAUCCCACCCGGGAUUUCAGGCGGGAUCCCGGGUGGGAUUGGCGGAAUUUUUACAAAUCCCAG